GUCAUCUCAUCUGGCUACCACCCUGGGACCAGCAGCCCCAGAACCAGCGCUCCACCUGCCGGCGCCAGCACCUCCCCACGUGACAGCCGCAGUUUCAUGGAUCAGGCGCAGAGAAGAAUCCUGGGCCAGCCCCUUGCCAUCCCCACUGCCCAGCUCAAGAAGAAAAGGACAUCAAUGACAUCUUUCUUUUCCAAGGUUUCUUGGAAACUGAGGUUCCAGAAGCGGGAGCCUCUGAAGAACGUGUUUUUCAUCUUAAUGGAAAGAGCCCGGGACUCCAGCGCUAAAAAGCGUCACAUGGCCAUGAGAGGCCUGGGGACCAUGGCCCGCGAGAAACCCAGCAAGGUGAGUAAGUAUAAGAAAAUUGUCCUGGACCUGCUGGUGCAUGGAUUGUAUGAUCCCAUGAGUUCUGAAGUCGUCCAUGAGAGUGUGAAGUCUCUGACCAUCAUCCUGGGCAAGAUCCAAGGGAAAAGUCUGGGCUCCUUCUUCAUAGACAUCACUCUUCAGACCAGGACUCUACUAGAUGACGAGAAUGACAGCCUGAGAUACUCGGCCUUUGUCUUGUUUGGGCAAUUGGCUGCCUUUGCUGGGCGGAAAUGGAAGAAAUUUUUCACCUAUCAAGUUAAGCAGACCCAGGAUUCUCUCCUGAUCCACUUACAGGACAGAAAUCCCCAGGUUGCCAAGGCUUGCAAAACCACGUUUCGAGCCUGCUCUCCCUAUCUGAGACGAAGGAAGGAACGCAGCUUCCAGAGUGAGGAAGAUCAAAGGAACCCCAAGCUCUGCCGGCAGCUGAGCCACUAUCAUCCAGAGCUCCUGCAGUACUUCUACGCCAAUAAAAUUAUGUAAACGCGGAGCUGCAGGGAGAAGCUUCCACAUGAG